CGGGGCACCACUCGAGGAGAGGGGACCACCCUCUGUUUUCCCCAGAGCCCGUGGCUGGCCUGCCUGGGUCCUAAGGGCCCCACUGGGAGAACCGGAAAAUCCAGUUGCCCAGAUUCCCUCCCGUCCCGGGAAGCCGUGCUGAGGGUCGGCUGGAGGAGCCCCGGCACUUCAGCAUCUUCCAUCCCAGAAGCAAGGUGGCCGCGAUGGGGUCUGGGCUGCCUCUCGUCCUCCUCCUGACCCUCCUCGGCGGCCCAUGUGGAGCAGGGCCAAGCAUGACUUUGCAACUGAAGCUGAAGGAGUCUUUCCUGGCAAAUUUCUCCUAUGAGUCCAGCUUCCUGGAAUUGCUGAAAACGCUCUGCCUCCUCCUCCAUCUGCCCUCAGGGACCAGCGUCACCCUCCACCAGGCGGGAUCCCCGCAACAUGUCAUCUGCAGCACCUGAGAGCCACUGAAGCCUGUGUCCCUGGUGGCCAGGGCAUUUGGCCCCUGGGACGCAGGGGGCAUGCCUUGACCCGUCUUCCAGUGGGCCCUCGCCCUGCCGAGCAGCAAUAAAUACCGUAUGCUGAAUUCAA